GCUGAUAGCUUAAAAUAUAUUUUAUUUUGAAACAACUGUCUUUUUCAUAAUAAAUUUGACAAUGCCAAGUAUCUUCAAUAAUAUUCAAAUCCUUUAAAGUAGCAUUGUAAAUAAAACUAGAAUAAACAUUAUACAUCUUGUUAUCUUUCAAGAUUCCUUCAAACUUUGAUUAAUUACUCAAAGCAGUGGUUUACUAACUUUGAUGACCCUGGAAAUACAUAAAAGUAUUUUGUCAUCUCAGAGAACCAAUAAUUUUUUUUUUCAUUCUAAUCAUCUAUUGUAUAUAAACACCUAGCAUCCUCUGAAAAGUAAUUUUUAAAAAUGCAUUAAAAAUAUAUCAAAUUUUUAAGCAUAAAAACUGAUUUAAUUCGUAUUAUUUUAGGUAAAAAUAACAGUAAUAAAAAUAAAAACUUAAUUAUUUAAAACGCAUAUUAUUGCGGCCGACGUUAAUCAUAAUAUUUUAGAAGCCGUGUGUUUAAAGUCUUUUAAAAUUACGUAAAAACACAGCCAUACUAUUCUAAAAAGCUGUGUUAUAUUCACCCCCCCCCGGCCGAUUUUCACCACCACACCCAGUAGUGACGCACCGCUAGCCAGUGGCGAACAGACGAGAAAUAUUCUCUAAGAGCGAACCGGGUUGUUACCUCUGACAAACCAAUCGCCGGGUUACCAGCUCUGAACUUUUAUCAUCAUUUUUGGCAAUGUUUACAUUUAACGGAUCCUUUGCGGAAGUGCUUCCUUAAAAAUCUCUCAUUUGCAUAAUUUCAUGUUUAAAAACAAUUUCUAAAAUCGAAAUUAUUCCUGUUACUUCAGCUAUUCAACUGAUGGAUUAGUCGAGCUCUUAAAGUAAUACAUUAAUGACAUAGUGGCUGAUCUUUAGAAUAUGGUAACUGGUAGUUUGGCGACAUUUUGGAGGCGAUAAAGGUUACUACCUGGGACUUUGGUAAUAAUGUGAGCAGUACCGACACCACCGAGACUUAAAAGGCCGUAUCACUCCCCUCGCUACGUCAUCUUACGUCACGAUGAGGAGACCUUUUGCGACUCGUAGCCUUGACCUUUGACUGAUAUGUUCACCAGCUCUCAGUAGUCUUGGUGUGACCGUUCGCCAUUGCUGUAUUUUUGUAUCUCCUGUAGAAAACGUUUUUCUCUUCCUUUUGUUUUACGCUUACGUUUUGGAUUAAACACACAUCAUGCCAGCUAGAUGUUGCGUCCCUGGAUGUAAAGGAAACUACAAAGGACAGCCCAAAGUGUUCAUUUUUCGUUUCCCGAGGGAUCCAGAUCUUCGAAAGAAAUGGAUAAUGGCGAUCCAUCGAAAAAACUUCCAGCCUACGAAAGCUUCUAGGGUCUGUGAGCUUCAUUUUGCUGCAUGUGACAUCGAAAGAGUUUCGGAAAUCUACGAUGAAAGAACCGGCAGAAAAGUGACAGCAGUUUUACAGCAUCCUCGUCUAGCAUGCAAUGCUGUUCCUACAAAACUUCCUAAUUGUGCGGUUUAUUUGUCGAAACACUGUAAGAAAAGAGAAAGUUUUGACUGCAAGAAACAAAGAUUGGAAAACAAGGCUUUAGAAACUGCAAUUACUGAAAGCAUAAAAUCCAAAGAAGACUAUGACAAAAAAAAUGACAUUUACUAGUCUUUCUGAGCUCUUUGAAAAGUUGUGCUUAAUUAGUUUGCCAGAACAGUGGUCCAUCAUUCAGAAAUCGGAUAUUAUCAUCUUUGCUUUGAUAACUUUACGAACUGCACCAUGUAUUGUAGCAUCAGUAGUGGUGACUGAAGGGCUUGAUUUAAAUAUUUACAUUGAAGGCAUUCAAGCAACAAAGUUAGGAAAUACUGUCAUACCUAAAAACAUAAGUAACUGUAAUGAUGUUACAGCAGUUAUUGAGAAAACAAAUGCUGUUUGUUGUAAUCUUUGUCAUGAAAAUGAUUCAAAACUACACAUGGUACAAACGUUGCUAGACGAUAUAUUAGAAACUAAUUCAGGUGUUGAUAACUUGCAUAUGAUACAGUUCAUAAAUGACCAAAUAGGUCUUUUAAUGCAGAAAAAAGUACGGAGGCAUUACAGUACGGAUGUCUUAAUCUUUUGCUCACUGCUUUAUUCAGUAUCUCCUCAUCAAUAUCGUUUCAUAAUGUC